AUGGAGUCAGUUGUUGACAAACAUUUAUCCCUGAGUGACCAAACCAUGCAUGUUGCUAUGUAUCCAUGGUUUGCUAUGGGUCAUUUGACUGCAUUCCUCCACAUCUCCAAUAAACUGGCAGAAAGAGGCCACAAGAUCUCCUUCUUUCUACCUAUCAAAACUCAAUCCAAGUUGCAGCACUAUAACCUCCACCCUCAUCUCAUUACCUUCAUUCCCCUCAAUGUACCUCAUGUCGAUGGCCUCCCUCCGGGAACUGAAACCACAGCCGACGUUCCUCUCUCUUUGGGCUCUCUUGUUGCUACUGCCAUGGACCUCACUCGACCCCAAAUCGAACAGCAUCUCCUUAAACUCAGGCCUGAUUAUGUGUUCUUCGAUUUUAGUCACUGGUUGCCUGCUUUGUUGCGUCAAUUAGGCAGUAACAUCAAGUCAGUAUGUUACUGGGUAAUUAAUCCUGCAAGUGUGUGGUACCUGCUAAGCUUAGGCCUGUCGAGAAAGAAAGCAUUGGAUGAUGUAGUUGAUGAUCCUGCGCACCCUUCGCUGUGUUUCAGUAGUUCAUUCUCAAUCAAGUUAAAAGCUCACGAAGCUCGAGCUUACGAGGCCAUGGCAAACAUGGAAUAUGGCAGUGGGUUGCCAUUCGUCAAACGCUGUUUGACCUCUUUGAGCGAUUGUGAUGCAAUUUGUUUCAAAACUUGCAGAGAAUUCGCAGGGCCGUUUCGUAACUAUUUUGAAAUGCAGAUGAACAAGCCAGUCAUUCUUGCAGGGCUAGUGACGCCAGAUCCCCCAAGUUCACGGUUGGAAGAGAAAUGGGAAAAAUGGCUAGGAGGGUUCGAACCAAGAACCGUGAUUUUCUGUGCUCUUGGAUCUGAAUACGUUCUCACAAAGCAACAACUGCAGCAACUACUAUUGGGUUUUGAGCGCACUGGUUUGCCAUUCUUCGCUGCCCUAAAAUCCCCAACCGGAGUUGAGUCGAUUGAAUCAGCAUUGCCAGAAGGCUUUGAAGAGCGUGUAAAAGGAAAGGGGGUUGUUUCUGGGAGUUGGGUCCAGCAGCCUAUUAUACUGAAGCACCCAGCUGUGGGUUGCUUUGUAACUCACUGCGGUUCGGGGUCUAUAAACGAGGCAUUACUGAAUGAGUGCCAAUUGGUGUUUCUGCCAAAUAUUGGAGAUCAUAUAAUUAACGCAAGAUUGAUGAGCGGUUAUUUGAAAGUGGGAGUAGAAAUUGAGAAAGGAGAUGAAGAUGGCUUGUUCACCAAGGAAGGUGUAUGCAAAGCUGUGAAAGCAGUGAUGGAUGAGGACAGUCAGGUGGGGAAGGAGGUGAGGACCAACCAUGCUAAGUGGAGGGAGUUCUUCUCCAAUAAAGGGUUUGAGAGCUCAUACAUUGAUGGUUUUGUGCAGAAGCUGCAUGAAAUGUUAGGAUGACUGAAGCUGCAUGCUUUCUUUUUCCAACUAUGACAUAGCAAGUAUCUGGAAAAUGUUUGAUUUUUCCUUCUUAAUUCUCUUCGUUUAGGUGAGAAUGAUAUCGGUAAAUUAUUUUGUCAACGAUGUGUGCUAGAUUUUAAGACAAUAUGUGUAAUGCUGUUUAUUUUUUUGAGGUGAAGCCACUGAGUUGUUUAAGACAACAAGGAAAUUACAAAUUCAAGUCUAGCUAGCUAGCAUUAAGCCUUCUCUUCAUCUUGGCCAUCAUUACAUAGAACAUAUCCUGCACAUUUUCUACGAAUCGGAAGCAUGUAUAUAUAUCUCCAUGUCUUGUUAGAAAUCAAUGAACCACAAGCUUCCCAGAAUCCUACAAUG